AUGAAAGUUUUCUUGCCUCGGUGUCGGAUAGACGCGGCAAACACCCCCGGCUCCACACAGCGAGAAGGCUCGUCGCCGUACUCGGCAGCCGGGCGACGCGAUGAACUCCAACAAGAACUGCGCACUCUAAUUUUCAAGACGGCUGCCACGGCCGCAUCCACCAGGCAAUGUACGCCAGAUGGAUCAACUGCUGGUGAAGAUGUAGUUUCUGCUCUGGUUUCGCCAUUGAGCGGCAACACUCACCACCUCCCCGAGCAACAAACAGUGGAGUACAUGCUCUGUCAAGGACACAACUCCGAGUAUUUGGCAAACUACAUUUCGGAGAUUGCUCCCUGGCUUGACAUGUUCGACAGCCGCCGUGCCUUUGGAAUCCAAGUUCCAUUCCUCGCCCGCUCAACGCCGGCGCUCAUGUAUGCCAUGUUGGCGUUGUCUGCCAGGCAUAUGGAACGCAAGGCGGCCAGCUCUAUACGCCGAAAAGUUAGCGGAAACAGUAGGUCCAGGAGCAGUUGCUCACUCGACAGCUUAGAGCUCUACCAAGAGGCGAUACGGCUCGUUGGACCCCUUCUCGAGAUCCGCGACCUCCGCGUUAUCCCCAUCUGUACGAUCCUUUGCGUCAUGGAGAUGAUGUCGGUGAGCGCGCAAGGUUGGAGACAACACCUAGAGGGCUGUGCCGCUCUCUUUGACGCCUUUGGCGUUCAUGGUUUCAGCGGUCAGCUGUUGCAGGCUGUUUUCUGGUGCUACGCCAGGAUGGACCUUUGUGGAGCGCUAAUUUCUGACGGUACACAAAGCACGCUGGUACCUCUCCCCAAUUGGGUUCCCUCAGUGGCCAUGGACAAUGCUCAAGGCGUGGCCGCCCUCUUUUGUGCCUCCAAGGAUCCCGACAUGCAUGCCAACUACGCAGUCUACCUCUGCUCAAAAACAUGCGACCUCAUUGCCAGCCGCACGCAGUUCGUCGAGCUAGGCAAAGUAAACGGCUGUGACGACUCCGAGUACACCGACCGAUGGCUACGCUUGUGGGCCGAGUUACAGAGAUGGAUGGACGAGAGGCCUGUCGAUAUUCUCCCCAUCCAGGUCGUCGAGGCGUCAGAAUCGUCGCCAUUCCCUUAUAUCCUGUUUCUCCAUUGGGCUGCGAUUUCAUCAACUCAACUUUACCACACGGCAUGUCUCUUGCUUUUAGGCAUGUUGCCUUUAGCCGAACAGUGUCAUCCUCCGAAGGGGCAGGUCGGUUCUCAAGUCUACCACGCCAAGCGCAUAUGUGGCAUCUCGCAGACAAAUCCCCACCAGGGCUGUUUGAACAAUGCCAUACAGCCCCUUUGGUUGGCUGGGCGCCUUCUUAGCCACCCAGUCGAGCACAAGAUCGUGGUUGAGCUCAUCCAGGAUAUUGAAGCUACGACUGGUUGGGGCACGAGCUGGCGCAUCCCAGAUCUGGAGGUUGCCUGGGGUUUCCGUGUGGGAUGA